CACACAUACACAGCAUGCUGCACACACACACACACACACACACACACACACACACACACAUACUCAACACACACACAGACGCACAUACACGAUGCCGUCUCAUCGCAAACGCCUUAUGAUCCAGCAGCAAGCAGCAAGCAAGCAUCGCGGCGCACCCAGCCCUCGCCCUUCGCCGAGGAGUCGCAGAGUCUCAGAGUCGCAGUCGCAGUUUCUAUUACCGCCAAAGUUACCUGCCAUAUAUACCUCCCGUACUCGAGUUUUCUCACGAGCCUGCGAGCCCUACACAGGAAUAACCGUUAAGUCCCUCAUUCCUUCUGCAUCCGUAAAACUCUGCAUCACGGAAAUCUGGGGGGGGCGCCCACACACACACACACACACACUUCACGCACCCCUGUGUACCGGACCAAAGAGAGAGCACACGACGACGGACAGAGCUGGUGUAUGGGAAGUUGUAACCCGUGGCCCAAGACUCCGGGUGAGAACGCGGGGAAGACUGUCUAUCCCCUUACAGUUAACCAGCCAACCAACCAGCCAGCUAACCAAAAGUUCAAAGCAACAGGCUCGGGUACAUAGGAAGUAUGUAACCUACCAACCAACCAACCAAAUCAAACCGUCCAGGAAAAGAAGAAGAAGAAGAAGAGGAAAAACUAUCGCUGUCAAGAUCACUUCACCGAACCGGUGCAGUCAGGAAAAGAGAUUCUGACAGACGAAGGAUGCAUCAAUGGAAGGACGGUGGGAACGACCGAGUAACUUCGCCCCAACAGAAGUUAGAACACAACACAACACACAAUACUCCCAGACUCCCAGAGUAGAAUA